ACUCAAACCGCAUCAACCCAACCAAAAAGUUUCUGCCCACGUCAACAGAAACAACAAGCAAACCAAACGCAGCACAAAAUUAAAAACCCAUUUCUCCUAGAACAAAGGCAACGAUGGCCAUGAUAACUCGGAGCACCGCCUCUCGCCUCCCGACUCUCCUCUCCCACCACCAACGCGCCACCGCCCUAUCUCUCCACACAACCCUCCCUUCCCUCUCUCCCGAUGCGGCAACGUCUCCAACACCGUACCCACGCGCACCGCCUCCUUCGACAUCUUCGCCGACUGGUCUUUCAAAGCCCGCGGAGUACGUGAUUUCGAAGGUCGAUGAUCUCAUGAACUGGGCUCGCCGUGGGUCCAUCUGGCCCAUGACUUUUGGUCUGGCUUGUUGCGCCGUUGAAAUGAUGCAUACGGGUGCUGCCCGUUACGAUCUGGAUCGUUUUGGUAUCAUUUUUAGACCUAGUCCGCGUCAAUCUGAUUGUAUGAUUGUUGCUGGUACUCUUACCAAUAAGAUGGCGCCUGCUCUUCGCAAGGUUUAUGACCAAAUGCCCGAGCCAAGAUGGGUCAUUUCUAUGGGCAGCUGUGCAAAUGGCGGUGGAUAUUAUCACUACUCCUACUCUGUUGUUCGAGGUUGUGACAGGAUUGUGCCUGUAGACAUUUAUGUCCCGGGGUGCCCACCGACUGCGGAGGCCUUGCUCUAUGGUUUACUCCAGCUUCAGAAGAAGAUCAACCGGCGCAAGGAUUUCCUUCAUUGGUGGACCAGAUGAGCUCAUAUUAUGUUACUAUUGGCAGAGAUAAGCAUAUAUUUUAUGGUUGAAUAAGUACAAUUACGUGUUUAAGCGCUCCGUAAAAGGAGAAACUGUCUCUGAAUUUCUGACUAGUCAUAUGAGUCCCUUUCCGGCAUUUGCAAAAAAGCUUCUCUAGAUCCUAGUUUUUAUGGUUGCUGCAUAUCCUGCUGUAAAACAAACUUGUUAUUGCUUGUGUAAUUGUCCGAAAGUUGCUUUGUUUUUUGUAAUGGGAUCAAAUAAACGGCUUUUAUUUUUAGUUCUAUUUUAUUGUA